GGAAGCGGCGCUCGGUUGGCUGUUGCAACGCGUUUUUCAUCAGUGGAGGAGGUUGGUCCAUUUGGUAGGUAGAAGAAAAGAUGCCUGCCACACAGAAGCCGAUGAGAUUUGGACAUACAGAGGGACACACAGAUGUCUGUUUUGAUGAUUUGGGGAGUUACAUUGUGACUUGUGGAAGUGAUGGUGAUGUGAGGAUUUGGGAAGACUUAGAUGAUGAUGAUCCUAAGUCCAUUAACGUUGGAGAAAAGGCAUAUUCAUGUGCUUUGAAGAAUGGGAAAUUGGUCACUGCAGUAUCUAAUAAUACUAUUCAAGUCCACACAUUUCCUGAAGGAGUUCCAGAUGGUAUAUUGACUCGCUUCACCACAAAUGCAAACCAUGUGGUCUUUAAUGGGGAUGGUGGAAAAGUUGCUGCUGGAUCUAGUGAUUUUCUACUCAAAGUUGUGGAUGUGAUGGAUUGCAGCCAACAGAAAACAUUUCGAGGACAUGAUGCUCCUGUUUUAAGUCUUUCCUUUGAUCCUAAGGACAUCUUUCUGGCAUCAGCUAGUUGUGAUGGAUCUGUCAAAGUGUGGCAAAUUUCAGAUCAGACUUGUACUAUUAGUUGGCCACUGCUACAAAAAUGCAAUGAUGUGAUAAAUGCAAAAUCAAUCUGCAGACUUGCUUGGCAGCCAAAAAGUGGGAAGUUGCUGGCAGUUCCUGUGGAAAAGUCUGUUAAGCUAUAUAGAAGAGAAACGUGGAAUAAUCAAUAUGAUCUUUCAGACAGUUUCAUCUCUCAGGCCCUAAAUAUAGUAACCUGGUCUCCCUGUGGGCAAUAUUUAGCUGCAGGGAGUAUUAAUGGUUUAAUUAUAGUUUGGAAUGUGGAAACCAAAGAUUGCAUGGAAAGGGUGAAACAUGAGAAGGGUUAUGCAAUCUGUGGCCUGGCAUGGCAUCCUACUUGUAGUCGAAUAGCUUAUACUGAUGCAGAAGGAAAUCUAGGGCUUCUGGAGAAUGUUUGUGAACCCAGUGGAAAGACAUCAAGCAGUAAGGUAUCUAGCAAAGUGGAAAAGGAUUACAAUGAUAUUUUUGAUGGAGAUGAUGCAAAUAAUGCUGGUGAUUUUCUAAAUGACAAUGCAGUUGAGACCCCCUCUUUUUCAAAGAGGAUUAUAAAUGAUGAGGAAGAGGAUGAUGACCUCAUGCUGGCCUCAGGUCGUCCUAGACAACGAAGUCACAUCCUAGAAGAUGAUGAUAAUUCAGUUGAUGUUACCAUGUUAAAAGCUGGUUCUAGUCUUUCCAAAGAGGAGGAGGAGGAUGAUCAGGCCAACAGCAUUCAUAAUCUACCACUUGUAACAUCCCAAAGGCCGUUUUAUGAUGGGCCAAUGCCAACUCCCCGGCAAAAGCCAUUCCAGUCAGGUUCUACUCCCAUGCAUCUCACGCAUAGGUUCAUGGUGUGGAACUCUGUUGGAAUUAUUCGCUGCUAUAAUGAUGAGCAAGACAAUGCCAUAGAUGUGGAGUUCCAUGAUACCUCCAUACACCACGCAACACACUUAUCAAACACUUUGAAUUACACAGUAGCAGAUCUAUCUUAUGAAGCUAUUUUGUUGGCAUGUGAAAGUACUGAUGAACUAGCAAGCAAGCUUCUCUGUCUGCACUUCAGUUCUUGGGAUUCAAGCAAAGAGUGGUUAGUAGACAUGCCUCAGAAUGAAGAUAUUGAAGCCAUAUGUCUUGGUCUGGGAUGGGCAGCUGCUGCCACCAGUGCCAUGCUCCUUCGACUGUUCACUAUUGGAGGUGUUCAGAAAGAGAUCUUCAGUCUUCCUGGCCCUAUAGUAUCAAUGGCAGGACAUGGAGAACAGCUUUUCAUUGUUUAUCAUACAGGUGCAGGAUUUGAUGGUGAUCAGUGCCUUGGAGUUCAACUGCUAGAGCUGGGGAAAAAGAAAAAACAAAUUUUACAUGGUGAUCCUCUUCCUCUUACGAGGAAAUCCUACCUAGUGUGGGUUGGAUUUUCAGCUGAAGGUACUCCCUGUUAUGUGGAUUCAGAAGGCAUUGUUCGAAUGCUUAACAGAGGGCUUGGUAACACAUGGACUCCAAUAUGUAACACAAGAGAACACUGCAAAGGAAAAUCUGAUCACUACUGGGUGGUUGGUAUCCAUGAAAAUCCCCAGCAACUCAGGUGCAUUCCUUGCAAAGGUUCUCGGUUUCCUCCCACCCUUCCACGACCUGCUGUAGCUAUACUAUCCUUUAAGCUUCCUUAUUGUCAGAUUGCAACAGAGAAAGGACAAAUGGAGGAACAAUUUUGGCGUUCCAUCAUGUUUCACAAUUACCUUGAUUAUUUAGCUAAAAAUGGUUAUGAGUAUGAAGAAAGCACUAAAAAUCAAGCAAUAAAAGAACAACAGGAGCUUUUAAUGAAAAUGCUUGCGCUUUCUUGUAAACUGGAUCGGGAAUUCCGUUGUGUGGAACUAGCUGAUUUAAUGACUCAAAAUGCUGUGAAUUUAGCCAUUAAAUAUGCUUCUCGUUCCCGGAGAUUAAUAUUGGCCCAAAGACUUAGUGAACUGGCUGUAGAGAAGGCAGCUAAACUGGCAGCAACCCAGGUAGAAGAAGAGGAAGAGGAAGAUUUCAGAAAAGAGCUGAAUGCUGGUUAUAGUAAUACUGCUACAGAGUGGAGCCAGCCAAGGCUUAGAAACCAAGUUGGAGAAGAUGCAGAGGACACCAGAGAAUCUGAUGAUAAAGAAGAAGAACCAGAAUUACAUAACCAUGGACAGAAUCCAUUUUGCAAAAGUGCAAAUUCUGCUGAUGUGCCAGCUAUUAAGUCAGGUGCAGUUACCUGUAGCAACCAAGGACGAGUAAACCCCUUCAAGGUAUCAGCCAAUUCCAAAGAACCAUCCACUUCAGUGAAUUCAGCACGUUCAAGUAAUAUUUUAGAUAAUAUGAACAAAUCAUCCAAGAAAUCUACUACACUUAAUCGAGCUACAAAUAAUGAAAAGUCUCCAGUUAUAAAGCCUCUAGUUCCAAAGCCAAAGUCUAAGCAGGCAUCUGCAGCAUCCUAUUUCCAGAAAAGAACUUCCCAAACUGAUAAGACUGAGGAUGUAAAAGAAGAACAUCCUAAACAGUCAUCAUCUGAAACACUAGCUAUGUCUCCUCAAAACAUUGAAAAUCAAAGGCCAAAGACUGGGUUCCAGAUGUGGCUGGAAGAAAACAGAAGUAGUAUUUUGUCUGACAAUCCUGACUUUUCAGAUGAAGCAGACAUAAUAAAAGAAGGAAUGAUGCGAUUUAGAGUAUUGUCAGCUGAAGAAAGGAAGGCAUGGGCUUCCAAGGCCAAAGGAGGAACUACAAGUGAUGGAGCUGAAGCAAAGAAGCGAAAACAUGUGGUUGAUGAAAGUUAUGAAACUGAAAAUGAGAAGGAAAAAGCAAAGGAGAAUCUGAAUUUGCCUAAAAAGCAAAAACCUUUAGAUCUUUCGACCAAUCAGAAGCUGUCAGCUUUUGCAUUUAAGCAGGAAUAGAGUUAAAGAAAGUGGGAAAGUGGGUAAUGGAUUUUUUAUUCAUCAUUGAUGAACCUGGACUUUAAAAAAAAAAAAACUUUAGAAAACUCAUUGUAUAUUUUUGAGAGUUUAGUGACAACUAUCUGUCUUCAUAAAAUAAUGUAGUGUUUAUAUUUGUGUAGGUAACAGGGCAUGUGUAAAAACUGUCAUCUCUGCAGAUUGCUCUGUUCCCAAAUGGAGGUACGUUGAGAAACACUGUGAUUAGUCACUGAUGUGAAGCCAUUGGCGUGUCCUAAUGGAAGCCAGUUUGAUGUUGUUUCUUACCUUUAAAAUCAUCAAAGCCAAGAUCUUAAAACCUCUGAACAUUGAAGUACCUUCAGGGGGUUUCCUUGUUCGGUUUAUGUCAUGUACGGAGAAGUACUACAGAAGUCGUCCUCCAGGUUUGUUAUCAUAGACUCUUCUCUAUAUCUAUACUGAACUAGGGACCAUGUUUUUAAUAUGUACCCUAAACAUGUAAAUAAUUUUGUAGAUGAGAUUUUUUUCUUUUGUUUGUUUCAGAAAUUUCUUCAUAUAUGGUUUUCAGUUGUCUUUGUAUU